CCAUUGGCUGAAAAGUCUGAACCAAUCAUUUUGCUUCAUAUACGCAGGCAGACCUGUGACAUUCACUGUUCUUAUGUCUGUGUCAACUGUAAAUAUCUAAAGAUGAACAUUUUACGGUCGUCUUUUUCCCGAUUGCGUGGAAUAACCAAUUUCACCAGCAUCCCUGCAGGGAACCUUGCAGUAACUGGAAACUCUCACCUUAGAUUAUUCAGCAACUGGAUUGUUCCCAGAGUAGCUGCAGGACCUCAGAUGUCCAGAUGUGGGCCCCUUUCUUCACAAGCUGAGGGUUCAGGAGUGUUCCAACAGCUUCCAUGGCAAUACCAGCAGGUACGGACAAAGAAGAGAGGCACAGAGUAUCAGCCCAAGAACAUCAAACGCAAGAGGACCCAUGGCUGGAUCAAGAGGAUCAGCUCACAGGGCGGCAUCGAGGUGAUUCUACGCCGCAUGUUGAAGGGACGGAAAUCACUCUCACACUGAAGGACCUUGUUGGAAAACCUGCAGGACUUUUGGAAAACAGACUUUGGUUCAGAAAUGCUGCCAUUGUUCAGGGUGCUCAGCAAAGAUCUUGUGUCCUGGGUUAACUGGUGAUACUGGGUGUGUGUUGGUUUUGGCUUUCCCACUAUAUUAAUAAUGGGUGAGAGGAUGGAAACUAGCCUUCGACACACAAUUUGCAUUUACCUUUGGUAUAAAGAGCUCUGGCAGUUUCACGUAGUUAUUUUUGAUCCAUAAAAUGUUUUCGUAUUCAUUUAAUGUUAUCAGAUGUAUGGAUUUAUUUUUGCUUGUGUAAAUUGUUUGAUUCAAAUACAAAAUGUGUCUGAAAAAAAUCAGUGUCCUCUUAGUUUUUGCAAAUGAAAACACCGAUUCUGGUUGACUAAAUAAAAACCACCCCUGCAGAAUUUA